UAACAGAGGUCGUAAUGGAGUCUCUGGUCCGACACAAUUUCCACCAGGACUGCGAGGCCGGGCUCAAUCGCUUGGUGAACCUGAAACACCACAGCUCCUAUGUGUACCUGUCCCUGUCCUCCUAUUUUAACCGUGACGACGUUGCCCUGGCCAACUUUGCCAAAUACUUCCGGGAACGUUCUGAAGAGGAAAAGGAGCACGCGGAGAAACUUAUCAAGUACCAGAAUGAGAGGGGCGGCCGGCUUUACCUGCAGAAUGUAGACAAACCAGAGCGAGACGACUGGACCAGUGGCUUGGAGGCCCUCCAGGUAGCCCUGAAACUGGAGAAGCAUGUCAAUCAAGCGCUGCUGGAUCUGCACGGUGUCGCUGGAAGCAAGAAUGACCCUCAUAUGUGCGAUUUCCUGGAAUCUCCGUUUCUAUCCGAGAGCACCGAGGUGAUCAAGAAACUUGGAGACCACGUCACCAGCCUGAGAAAGCUCUGUGGGAGCCAGCCGGGAAUGGGAGAGUAUCUCUUCGAUAAGCACACGCUCAAAUGAAUGCCGUAUUGCUACAAACCGCUACCUCAACUUGCGUGGGAACAAAUCCAACUGGAGACGCAUAGAAGAUGUUGCGUUUUGUUGUUUUUUUUUAAAAAAAUAAGCAUUCCAACUUUCUAAGAGAUUGAAAAAAUGUGUUCUUUUUCAAUAAAAUGUGCCAUGUGACCUA